UUGCUAUUUAAUUUAAUGCACCUAUAUCUCUACUAUUAAAGGGGAUCUGCCGUCUGUCGUGAUGGUUCGACCUCCAGCGAUCCCCCUCCUAGCCUUUCCAUCGUUCCACCGAUUUUUUUCAAUCCCUCCAUAAACCAGUCGAAAAACCCGUCGCUAGCACAGCCAAACAUAAUGGUUCAAUAAAAAACCCAUUCCACGCAUACGUGAAAAAAUGUCUCCUCGCUUGAAAGAAAAAAAAGAAAAAAAGCAACCCACGUACCCACGUUGUCCCACCUCCUUAUUCCCUUCCCAUCCCACGCCCCUUGCUCUCGAUCUCAUUUUUCUCCUCGCUCCUAGAAGGCCGACGGCGGCGGCACCGGUCAGAUCGGGGCAUGACGCAGGACGACGGUCCCCAAUCCCCUCACAGUCGCCGUCGCGAACUCCUCGUUCCCUCCACUCUGCCAACACCACCUUCUCCCGACCAACAACGCCUCCUGGCCUCCUCCUCUUCAUCAUUCUUGUCCUCGUCCUCACGCGACCUCCCUUCGUCACUGGCGCUGCGGUUGUGCUCGGCAGAAGGAGUGGUUGUGGUGUGGCAGAUGUGUGAGGGUGAGGAGGAGGAGGAGGAGGUCGUGGUCAUGGCGGCGCGACGGAGGUCAUGGCCGGCUGUCGCACGACAUUAGGCUGUGACGCGAUUAGUCGAGGCGGAGAUGCCAACACGCGGGGUCGCGGUCGAGUGGGGGCGUGAGGAGAGCGAGGAGAGGAACGAGAAGGGUGGGAGGCGCGAGGACGGCGGCGCUCCAGCUACGGGGCUCGCCAGCCAUGCGGUGCUGGGCGUGGAGGACCCCAGAUCCCCUCUUGCUCGUUGCCGCCAUGAUCUUGCUCACCAUCGACCUCCCUGGGUGCUUUUCUCCCCAAAUGGUGCCUACAUGGCUAUAUCGAUUCAAGUGCCAGGUGAAGACACCCCUCACUGUCCAAAUGUGCUUCUCUACAUGGGCGGCGUCACCGCGACCAGUUUGACUGUUCAAGCCAAGGGUUGCAAUAAAUCUUCACAGAUCAUAUCUAUUAUCUUGAGGAUCACUGAAACAAUUGCACUGCAAAAUAGUAUGCCUUUCUUUGACGGAUUUGAGUGGAGCUUGAAUCAAUCAAAUCAGCCUAGAAGAUGCUUCUUUUCUCUAUGGAGGCUUAAAGAUAUUUAUGGCAGCCUGCUCCAUGUAAGUUUUGCAGCGAAAAACUGAAGAAGUUGUGAUGGCCACAAAAAGACUCAAAGAUUUGCACGAAGCGAAGAUGUCGACCCGGUAUACAUAUGGUUAGAAGUUUAGGGUGACCUCUUUUCAGUUGCUAUUGAGAUAUUUAUGUGAUCACAGAUAAAUAACCCAUGAAGUUACUACCUUAUGGUUUUGAUUUAUAAAUUUUAAAUUAGACUAUCUUUUGGUCAAUACAAUAGCAUGUUGUAUUUUCGUAUGGUAUUGUGUCUGAAAUAUUCUUUUGGUAUGAUACUAGACCUUGAUGUAAACUACUGAAGAUGAACUUGAAGUUGUUGCAAGUGCAUUCAGAUUACAUUCA